GUAUAAAGCCACACAUUUGCGGUUUGUCAGCCGGCGGAACCACUCUUCGCAUUAGUGAACGCUCUUUACGUUUGUGACAUACCUAAUUAAAGAAGGGAGUUAUCUUUAUAAUGGGGCCAUUAAAUUUGGACGGCACUAAUUGCAAGAUGAAGUUCCGGUACGGAUACAGUUUCCACGGUGGUGGCGCCAGCGGCGCAAUUCUGGUUGGACUACUUUGCGUAUUUUUUUUUUGCGGCGUUCGCGGUGAUAAGGUCGAAAUAAUAGAGCUUGGCAAUUGGACGAUAACAAAUCAGAAUAGAUCCCUGACCAUUGCCAACCAAACGUUACCUUCAGGAAUUUACAGUGCAUUCGCACCUCAAGUGCUGAACUCUUACAACGACAUCGGAUUGCGUUAUCUGGCCUAUGACAAUUGGACCUAUUCCAAUAUCUUUCAAUUCGACGUCCUCCAUUACAAACGCGGCCACAUCAAUCUGACAUUUUACGGCAUUGACGCUGUAGCGGAAGUACGGCUCAACCACCAGCUGCUAGGACGGACGGACAAUAUGUUUGUGCGCUACUCCUACGAAGUGAGCUCCCUGCUCCAAGGAGAAAACUUUCUGGAAGUUGAGAUCAAAUCUCCCGUACUAUCCGCCUUGGCGAAAGCUAAUUAUUUAAAUAGUGUUAAAAAAAACGUUCCACCGGAAUGUCCGAUCGAGCGCUACCAUGGCGAAUGCCACAUGAACAUGUUGCGGAAGAUGCAGGCAAGUUUCUCCUGGGACUGGGGCCCCGCUGCCCCCUCCGCUGGGAUCUGGAAAGAAGUGCAACUGGAAAUCUACGAAGUGGCCGUAAUACGCGACGUGGAUGUGGACGUCAGUCUCAUCAAUGGCUCCCAUUGGAACAUGCAUAUUCGCUGCUACCUGGACGCUGUGGGCGAAACAGACUUUAAUGGAAGGCUUACUUUAUACGCUGUCGAGUUAUUGGACCAUCCGGUGGUCGUAGACAGAAUCGCAUUGAAAACCAUCAGUCGUGCGACGCCAGUAAUUGAGUUUGAUCAGGCCGUGCCAAUUGAGAAAGUCGUUACCUGGUGGCCCAAUGGUUACGGUGGGCAGAAACUUUAUCCGCUUCACUUCACUCUGAAGGCGUGGCUGGGCUCUGAGGUGCCCGAUGUUCGCUCUAAGACCAAGUCGCACAAGUCCCUCCGAGUGGGCUUUCGCACUCUUGAAUUGGUCGAAGUUCCCGCUCCAGACGGAAUAGGAAACACAUUCCUUUUCAGAGUCAAUGGAGUAGAAAUUUUUAUGAAAGGCAGUAACUAUAUACCAUCACAUAUCCUGCCAGAAAUGCAAACGAAAGAACAGAUUGGCCACCUAUUGAGAUCCGCCAAGGAAGCGAAUAUGAACAUGCUGCGCGUGUGGGGAGGCGGUGUUUACGAAUCAGACUACUUCUACCAGCUCGCCGACAGUCUGGGCAUCCUAAUUUGGCAAGAUAUGAUGUUUGCAUGUGCCAUGUACCCGGUUGGCGACGAUUUCCUGUCUUCAGUGCGUGAGGAGGUUCGGCAAAAUGCCAUACGGAUAUCGCACCAUCCAAGCGUGGCAAUUUUCGUAACCAACAAUGAAAACGAAGCUGCAUUGGUGCAGAACUGGUAUGGAACACUGUUUGAAAAAGAUCGCUUUGAGAGCGACUACCGGGAGCUCUACCUGGCCAAUGUAAUUCACGAAUUGAAGCUAGUCUCCCAUAGCUCUCGACCCCAACCACUAGUCUCAUCGCCGUCCAAUGGCAAAGCCAGUGAAGAGGAAAAUUAUAUUUCUAGCAACCCUCAGGACAAUCAAUAUGGCGAUGUACACUUUUACGACUACACAAAGGAUGGCUGGGACCCAGAAACUUAUCCGCGUCCUCGAUUUGUCAGUGAGUACGGCUUUCAGAGCUUCCCAGGAUCGUACGCCUGGCAGCGCAGCAAGAACGGUGAUGACGACCUACUUGCUUUAAUCAGACACCGCCAGCAUCAUCCGCUAGGAAAUAUUCCCGUGAUCGCAUUGGUGGAGAGACACCUCCCUCUCCCUUUACCGGAAGAUGAAAACUAUACUACCGCACUGAUAUACUUCAGCCAAAUCGCUCAGGCCAUGGCCACCAAGGUGGAAACUGAAUUGUACCGCAGCCUGCGAGACACCCCUCACAAAACCAUGGGUGCCCUUUACUGGCAGCUAAACGACGUCUGGGUGGCGCCAUCCUGGUCCGGCAUUGAUUUCUACGGCAACUGGAAGCUGCUUCAUUACUGGGCGCGCGAUUUUUUAGCGCCAGUUGCAAUUGUAGCUCUCUACGAAAGGUCCACGGACUCGCUAAACAUCUCUCUUAUUUGCGAUUUGCUGGAGGUGGACACGCAGGACCUCAGUGUCGUGGCUAAUGUGCAUGUGUGGUCGCAGCUGCUGCCCCGCCAGUCGACCACGUGGGAGGUUACUCUUCGCCCCAAUGGCGUGCAGUACGACAAGGUCAUUCCCAUUUCUAAUCUGCUCAAAGGGCAGUUCACGAGAAGCAACUCCUUUCUGGAGUUUCAUCUGCGUCGUGGCCAUGAAGUGAUCUCCAGGACCUACUUCUUCCCCAGCAGCAUAGCCGCAGCCGUUGGGAUCGCAGACCCCGACCUAGAGUACGAGAUUGCCUCCCGAACCUGUCUUAAUACCACUGAUGUCAUUCGCAACAGCGUGAGCAUCACCAUACAGGUGAAGCGCCCAGCCGUGUUUGUAUACCUGGAGCUGCUAAAGCCGUACCGCUACACCCUCUCCGAGAACGGAUUUAUGCAGACCGUGCCGAUGCACGUCGUCUAUCUGACGUUUGACUCGCCUUCAUGUGCGCGACUUCUGCGCAAAACGGACCUCCGCGUACUAACCGUCAAUGACUUUAUGAGGUAGACCGACACGACUUCCUUGACAACUUUAAUUUAACUUUUAUAAAUAGCUUAACAAUAAACAAAACAAUAAACAUAAUUAGCCGUGCGGCAGCAUCCGAA